CAUAGUAAAUUUUCUCCUUGAAUCCUUGGUGUAAAAAAAAUAAUAUCAAUCAAACAUAACCUUAAAUUACCUCAAUCGUUAAACACGGUUCACGAUUUUCAUUGAACAAAUUAAUUGUUAAAAGACAAAAAAUGGCCAGUACAUCGCCGACUGAUCAGUCAACGAUCGCUCAAAAAACAUGGGAAAUGUCAAAUAACGUUGAAAUGAUCAGUACUAUGGACGAAAUAUAUCGUUACGAUCGUCAAGAACAACAAGACAUUUUAGCUGCCAAACCUUGGGACAAAGAUCCACAUUUUUUCAAAGAUAUCAAGAUAUCAGCAUUGGCUUUAUUAAAAAUGGUUAUGCAUGCACGAUCAGGAGGAACACUCGAAGUUAUGGGUCUUCUUCUAGGAAAAGUAACAGCAAAUACGAUGAUAGUAAUGGACUCUUUUGCUCUGCCAGUCGAAGGAACUGAAACACGUGUCAAUGCUCAAGCUCAAGCCUAUGAAUAUAUGACUGCUUACAUUGAAAAUGCGAAACUUGUUGGGCGACAAGAGAAUGCCAUUGGAUGGUACCACAGUCAUCCGGGAUACGGUUGUUGGUUAUCAGGAAUAGAUGUUUCAACACAAAUGUUGAACCAAAAUUUCCAAGAACCUUUUGUGGCCAUCGUUAUCGAUCCAGUGAGAACGAUAUCCGCUGGUAAAGUUUGUUUGGGAGCAUUUAGAACUUAUCCAAAAGGCUACAAGCCAGCUAAUGAAGAACCAUCAGAGUAUCAAACAAUUCCAUUGAAUAAAAUUGAAGAUUUUGGCGUUCACUGCAAACAAUAUUAUUCAUUGGAAGUUACUUAUUUCAAAUCAUCACUCGAUCGGCGUUUACUUGAUUCACUUUGGAAUAAAUACUGGGUCAAUACAUUGAGUUCCUCAAGUUUACUUACAAAUGCUGACUACACAACCGGACAAAUAUUUGAUUUAUCCGACAAGCUUGAACAGUCUGAAGUUGCUCUAGGACGCGGUGGAUUUAUGAGCGGUGCUGAUUCUCAUGAUCGUCGUACUGAAGAUAAACUUGUUAAAGCUACAAGAGACAGCUGCAAAACAACAAUUGAAGUUAUCCAUGGCUUAAUGGCGCAAAUAAUUAAAGAUAAACUAUUCAACCAAGUAAGUACCAAAUCCAUUGAGUCACAAUGAUUCUUUUUUUUUUUUAUAUA